AUGGAGCGCCAAAGAGUCUAUCGUGUCGUUGAAAGGAUUGGGCAUGGUUCGCCCGAGGUUGUCUUCACCACGGAAACGGUCGACAAGCCAGCACAGAAACCUCGUCAACGUCGCUGGACCCCCAAGGUCAAGACUGGCUGCAUUACUUGUCGCAUCCGCCGCGUGAAGUGCGAUGAAGGCCGACCCGAGUGCAAGAAAUGCAUUUCGACCGGGCGAAAGUGUGACGGCUUCGAGAUUGCUCCAGAGACCGUCCAAUGCUCCUCGCCCAUCGUCACGCAAUGCCUCCACGGGCUCACCCCCAUCUACGGCCGGGCAACGGCGCACGAGAGGGAAAUGUUCAACCUGUUUCGCACCAGGACGGUCACGCAAGUCGCGGGCGCCUUUUACCAACCGUUUUGGCACGUCGACGUGCUGCUGGCCGCGCAGACGCAACCGGCCAUCUGGCACGCCAGCCUCUCCAUGGCGGCCAUGUACUCGUGGUUCAAGAUACCGGCUGACGACACCCAGGGCCAGAUUAUACGGCAGGAUCACUAUAAGUUUGCGUUGCGGCAGUACAACGAGGCGAUCACGCACAUGGUAGCACUGGCGCGCCGCCAAGACGCGCGCUCGGCUGAGGCGCUGCUCAUGGCCAGCGUACUCUUCACAGGCCUGAGCAGCCUGCGCGGCGACCCCAAGGAGGCCAUGAUGCAUGCCAGCCACGGACUGCGUGUGGCGCAACAGUGGGAGUUUCUGGAGAGAACAGAGGGGGCGGCAGCCGCGGGCGGCCCGCAGCAGCAGGCGACGGAGCACAUGCUGCCGACAAAGUCGCUCGUCGGCCUCGUCGACGGCUUCGAGGUCCAGUACAUGUGGACGGGCGCACGGCAGCCUAUCCUGCGGCGCAGUAGCAUCCCGCGCGAGGUGCCCGUCGCCCCAUUUCGCUCCGCGACCGAGGCGUGCUUCGAGCUGCAGCGGCUGGUGGGCGGGCUGCUGAUGGCGGUCCGCAACGAAAAGGUGCGGCGGUCGACGACGACAACGACAACGGCGACGGCAGACCCGAGGCCGCAGCAUCCGGUGCCUGAUCUGCGGCAGCCGUAUCGCCACGCCUUGUCAGCGUGGAAGGUCAAGUUUUCGCACCUCAAGUGGUCGCAACGGCUGCGGCAGACGGACCUCGACUGCGCGCUGGUGCUCGACAUCUGGCUGUGCGGCGCAGAAAUCGCAUCGAGCAUCGACCUCCGCCUAUACGAGCUCGCGUGGGACAAGUUUGCCGCCAAGUUUCGCCGCAUCGUCAAGCUCACGCAGAAGCUCGUCGCCGAGGAGGCGCUACGCGAGGAGCAGCGCGGGCGCCCAGUCUAUUCCUUUUCGCCGUCGGUUUGCGAGCCGCUCUUCAUGGUCGCGAGCAGCUGCCGCGACGGCGCGCUCAGGCGAAAAGCCAUGUCGCUGCUCCGGCAGAGGCCCCGACGAGAGGGCAUCUGGGACGCCAAGCUCAUGGCGGCCAUUGCGGAGGCCAAGAUGCUGAUUGAGGAGCGCGCCGUCGCGGCGGAAGUAGACGGCGCGGGGUGUGGGUGCAUUCCUGGCGUUUACAUUUGCAACACACAUCGCGUAUUCUUCAUGGAUAUCGAGUUCUUACCGGAGAGGGCGGCGACGGCGGUCAUGAAGACGCUGCACGACGUCACGAUUAACUCGAAGGGGCAGGUCUUGACCAUUACGUACUGA